UACCCAUUCAUCUCAACUGCUCUCAUGUCUAGCAACUUCGACUUCACCGACAAGGCUCAGGAGAGCGUUGCCGCUGCUAUCCAACUCGCGAAGGAUUACGCGAAUGCUCAGGUUCAUCCUGCGCACUUGGCUCAUAUUCUUCUCAACGAUGGAUCCGGAGACAUGCCUGGUGCUAUCCCAGCCCAAUCGCAAGGGACUUCCCUCUUCUCGUCCGUCAUUUCCCGCGCAGGUGGUGAUCCUACCAUCGCCAAACGCGCCAUCCAAAAAGCUAUUGUCCGCCUUCCGACCCAAAGCCCGCCACCCGAAGAAACAUCCAUCAGUGGCCCGCUUUCCAAAGUGCUUCGGGAGGCUCAAGGACUCCAGAAGCAGAUGCACGAUUCGUACAUCGCCCAAGACCAUCUGCUUCUCGCUCUGCUCAAGGACGCCACCGUCGCAGCCGUUCUGAAGGAGGCAAGUCUGACCGAGGCGACUCUCAAGACCGCUAUCGAGCAGAUCCGCGGCAACCGACGCGUCGAGUCGAAAACGGCCGAGCAAGGAUUCGACGCGCUCCAGAAGUACGCCGUGGACUUGACUGCCUUGGCCGAGGAGGGGAAGAUUGAUCCAGUCAUCGGUCGCGACAACGAGAUUAGGCGCGCUAUUCGCAUUCUGUGCCGGCGGACGAAGAACAACCCUGUGCUGAUCGGUGAGCCUGGUGUGGGGAAGACCAGCAUUGCGGAAGGACUCGCCCAGCGGAUUGUCAAACGCGAUGUUCCUGCGAGCCUCAUUGCGCGUCUGUACUCACUGGAUAUGGGUGCAUUGAUGGCCGGUGCCAAGUACAAAGGCGAAUAUGAGGAGAGAAUAAAGUCAGUUUUAAACGAAGUCGAGAAGGCCUCGGAGGAUGGUGGCCCCGGGGUCAUUCUGUUCAUCGAUGAACUGCACUUGAUUAUGGCUGGUCGCGGUGGCGAGGGUGGAGGAAUGGACGCAGCCAACCUUUUCAAGCCUCUUCUAGCUCGUGGUAAACUGAGAUGCAUCGGUGCGACUACUUUGGCCGAGUAUCGCAAAUACAUUGAGACGGACGCUGCUCUGGAGCGGCGAUUCGCUCAAGUCAUCGUCAACGAACCCUCUGUCUCGGAGACAAUCAGCAUUCUGCGUGGAAUCCGGGAGAAGUACGAAGUGCAUCACGGUGUUCGCAUCCACGACGGGGCUUUGAUUUCAGCAGCAACCCUUGCGCAUCGUUACCUCACUUCUCGGCGACUACCCGAUGCCGCCAUCGACUUGGUGGAUGAAGCUUGUGCAUCUGUUCGAGUGACCCGAGAGACUGAACCCGAGGAAAUCGAUAAACUCCAGCGCAAGAAACUCGAACUGGAAGUCGAGAUCCAUGCUCUUGAGCGAGAGAAAGAUGACGCCAGCAAAGAACGUCUACACCUCGCACGAAAGGCUAUCGCCGACGUCGAUGAUAAACUCCAACCACUGAAGGCUGCGUUCGAGAAUGAAAAGCGUCGUGGUGAUGACAUCAGCGACGUUCGUCGUAGAAUGGACGAGCUCAAAGCCAAAGCUGAGGAAGCCGAGCGGAGGCAUGAUCUCGCUACUGCAUCCGACAUCCGAUACUACGCUCUGCCUGACCUGCAGAACCGACUGGUCGAGCUGGAGGCCCGCAAGGCCGCCGAAGAUGCCGCUGGUGGGGACACGUCUGACACAGUCACAUCAGACCAGAUUGCGGAGAUUGUGGCUCGGUGGACUUCUAUUCCCGUGACCCGUCUCAUGUCAUCGGAGAAGGAGAAACUGCUUCGCAUGGAGAAGAUUUUGGCGGAGAAUGUUGUUGGACAACCCGAUGCCGUCAAAGCCGUCGCGAACGCAAUCCGUCUGUCGAGGAGUGGUCUGACCAACCCUCAACGCCCCAUUGCCAGCUUCUUGUUGGCCGGUCCGUCGGGGACAGGUAAAACUCUCUUGGCGAAGACUUUGGCAACCCUAAUGUUCGAUUCUCCGGAUGCGAUGAUCCGUAUCGACGGAUCUGAGUACUCUGAGAAGCAUAGCAUCUCUCGGCUCAUUGGAUCCCCACCGGGCUAUGUCGGUUAUGACGCUGGCGGACAACUUACGGAAUACAUCCGCCGCAAGCCAUACAGCAUUGUGCUAAUCGACGAGGUGGAGAAAGCGUGCAGAGAAUUCAUCACCCUGUUUUUGCAAGUGCUCGAUGACGGCCGCCUGACGGACGGACAAGGCCGGCUAGUUGACUUCCGAAACACGGUUUUGAUUCUCACGUCCAACCUGGGAUCGUCGCACAUCUUCGACAGCGGAGAUGGGCCGAUUACACCCCAAACCAAGUCGUUGGUCAUGGGCGCCAUUCAAGGCCACUGGCCGCCGGAGUUUAUUAACCGAAUCGAUGAGAUCGUCAUUUUCCGUGCUCUUUCACGCAGGAAUGUGCUGAAGAUUGUGGACAUCCGAUUGAAGGAGGUCGAGCAACGGCUGGCUGAUCGCAAGAUCACGCUUGAUGUGGACACUUCAGCCAAGGAAUACUUGGUUUCUGUGGGCUGGUCGCCGCAGUACGGCGCUCGGCCACUGAACCGGGCAAUUCAAAGCGAGUUGCUGCACCCGCUGUCUAUGCAGAUUCUUGCAGACAGGGUGCGCGAUGGGGAGCUGGUGCGGGUCCGCUUCGACGGGCCGAGCAACAGGCUUCUCGUCCAACCAAAUCACGAAGGAACUGCCGAUCCAAUGGACGUCGACUUGGACGAGGAUGACGACAUCGAAAUCGAAGAAAUGGACUAAACCAGGGAUUGUCACUGUAAAAUAUAUGCAUGUACUUUAGUUCUCAGGAAUUCACGUUGUAUCUGGCUGGAC